AUGGCGGAAAGCACCAGUAAAGAUUCGCUGCUGAAGGCGUUCAGUCGCUUCGCGGUGUACGGAGACACGAUGGCCAGCGGCAAGGAAAUGAACGGCAAGAACUGGGCCAAACUCUGCAAGGACUGCAAGAUCAUCGACGGCAAGAACGUUAGCGGAACUGACGUUGAUAUCGUCUUUUCCAAAGUCAAGCAGAGGACAGCUCGCGUGAUCACCUUUGAUGAGUUCCUGCAAGCUUUGCACGAAUUGGCGCCCAAGAGGUUCAAGGGGAAAAGUCGGGAGGAUGCCAUCGCGGCCAUCUACAAGUUGACCGAGGCCGGAGAGCCCAGCAAAUCCGGGGUCACGAAAUCGGUGAGAUCUGGCGCGGUGGACCGCCUGACAGACACGUCUUUGUACACGGGCUCGCACAAGGAACGCUUUGAUGUGAGUGGCCGAGGACGAGGCCGCGAGGGACGCGAGGACAUUGUCAACAACACGGGAUAUGUCGCCGCUUACAAGAACGAAGGAACAUUCGAUGAUAAAACGAGCGGAAAAUGA